CCUUACCCACCAUGAUAUUAUCAAAACUUGCCCAUCAUUUCUAUGGCUUUCAUCUUUAACAACUCCAACUUUAUCCUCCCCUUAAUCGUCUCCUUAUCCUUGGUUUCUUGUAUUCCGUUCGUUUAUUCACUCUCCACUGUAUCGAUUUCUGAGACUUCUGAUCAACCAUUAAUCUGUGCAAUAACUAAGCCCCCUAACCAGCCAGUUUCCCUCAACUGUACUAGUUUCCCUCAAGAAACUAGUUUCCCCGUGAACACGUCAUUUUCUGGGAUAGUCGCUGGAAAAGGGUUUUUCUGCGCGUUGAGGCCGCCAUCUUCCUCAUCCACAUCGAUCAUGCGUUGUUGGAGGUUCUCUACCGAUGGUCCUGUGUCCUCCAAGUGUAUCUAUCGUGGCCCGGCUCUCAAAGAACUUGCUGCUGGGAAUUCUCACAUUUGUGGCCUUGUAAACGAGACCAGUCGCCUAGAAUGCUGGCAGUGGCGCGGAUUCCGUCCGAGAAUCGAUCAUAACUUUUCAAGAAUUGCAGUGGGUGAGAAUUUUGUAUGUGGGUUAUCGCAAAUUGGAAAGAUUACUUGCUUUGGGAGCAAUAGUGCUAAUCAAGUUGUUGGGAACUAUAGCGUGGUUUCUGCUGGGUUCAGGCAUGCUUGUGCCAUCUAUUCGGACAACAGUAGCUUGUAUUGCUGGGGAGUUAUGGUGGGCGAGAAACCUCGGGGGGAGUUCACAUCAUUGGCUUUGGGAGAGAACCGUAGUUGUGCUCUGAAGCUUGAUGGAAGAAUUGUUUGCUGGGGCGAACAAAAUUUCAGUCUGCCAGAAAACUUGCAGGAGACCUAUUUCAAAGCGAUUGAAGCAAAGAGCAGCGUUUUCUGUGGAGUUGCAUCAUCGGACUCCCUUUAUUGUUGGGGUGAUAAUACUCUUGAUUCAAACUUCCCGGUGUUUGAGCAUGUUUUGCCAGGGCCGUGUAGAAGUAGAAGUGAAUGUCCAUGCGGUCCAUUGGGAGGGUCUUCCAUAAUUUGCGGUCAACAAAUGAUCUGCAGGCCUUGUCCAAGGAGAGCUUCCCCUCCACCACCGCUGACAUCAUCGCCAUGGGCUCCAUCACCGCAACCUGGAGAGGAAACCGGAAGCACUGGUUGGGAUGACAAGAUGGUGGCUUUCCUAGUGGUGGGGUGCGUGGGGUCGUCGGCUCUUUUACUAGUCUGUUGUUUCUUUCUGUUCAGAUAUUGCAAAGGUAAAGGCUGCCGCGUCCAUGACUCAGGUCGCUUGGACGAGACAGGAACCGCAGCUGAGGCUGAGGAUCGACCAGCUGCACCACCACCAGGCCCAGCAGUGCCAGCACCCGUUCUGGAGAAGCGGUUGAGCCACUUGAUUAGCUUGGGAAAUGGUGGCGGCCAAUUGGAGGAAUUCUCUUUGCAAACACUACUUGAAGCCACAAAUAACUUCUCUGAAGACCACAAGAUUGGAACGGGGAGCUUCGGUUCCGUCUACCACGCGACUCUAGAUGAUGGCCGAGAAGUGGCUAUCAAGCGCGCUGAGAUAUCAAUGUCUUCAACGACUUCACCAUAUGCCACAAAGCGCGAGGAUGACAAAGACAAUGCUUUCCUAAACGAGCUCGAAUCUUUGUCCCGCCUCCACCACAAGAACCUCGUCCGCCUGUAUGGGUUUUGUGAAGAUAGCAACGAGCGCGUAUUGGUCUACGAGUACGUGCACAAUGGAACCCUCAAUGACCAUCUCCACAGGCUCCAAAGCUCUCCUCUAGUCUCAUGGGCUGCACGCAUUAAGGUCGCAUUAGACGCAGCUAGGGGGAUUGAGUACCUACACGUGUACGCGGUUCCACCAAUCAUACACCGCGACAUCAAGUCCUCCAACAUAUUGUUGGAUGCCACGUGGACUGCCAAGGUGUCCGAUUUUGGCCUAUCAUUGAUGGGCCCUGUAGACGAGGAGUCGCACCUUUCGCUUCGUGCGGCUGGCACAGUUGGCUAUAUGGACCCCGAGUACUAUAGACUUCAAAAAUUGACUACCAAGAGUGAUGUCUAUAGCUUCGGAGUGGUAUUGCUAGAAAUGUUGUCAGGGUACAAGGCAAUUCAUAGAAACGAGAAUAGAGUGCCACGCAAUGUAGUUGAUUUUGUAGUACCCUACAUUGCUCAAGAUGAAAUUCAUAGGGUUUUGGACCCAAAAGUGCCGCCGCCUACACCAUUUGAAAUUGAGGCAGUGGCAUAUGUUGGGUAUCUAGCGGCAGAUUGUGUUAAAUUAGAAGGUCGAGAUCGACCAUCAAUGACCGAGAUUGUAAGCAUAUUAGAAAGAGCCUUGGCUGCAUGUUUAGCGCACCCAGCACUGUCUCGAUCUACAACUGGGUCUUCUACGUAAUAGUUUUGCACGAAUACCAUGAAAUAGUCCCAUUUUGUUUGUAGAGCAACACAUUUAAAAAAAAAAAAAAAAAAAAAAAAGAGAGAUUAUUUGGUUGUUUACUUUUCUGAUACAUGAUAUUCAACUUUUUCCACCCCUCAAUUGUUAAUUGGGUUGUAAUCCCAUUUGUAUUUA